CUUAAGCAAAAAUCAAAUCUAGAGAGAGAGAGAGAUGAGAACAAAGCUGUAGAUGUAGAGAGAGAGGGAGAUUAUAUGUACAGAGAGAGAAAGCGCAUGGUUGAUGACGAUGGACCGAGAAAAGGAAAGAGAGACGGAGCUAGAAAGUGCGAUGUAUACCAACUGUUUGUUGUUAGGGCUUGAUCCGUCGAUCAUCGGAGUCGGAGCAAAUAACGGUACUCCUCGGGUGGGGUUAUUUCGACACUCCAACCCUAAAUUGGGUGAACAGCUUCUAUACUUCAUAUUGUCCUCUCUCAGAGGUCCAAAAGAUUUUGAUAGAGUGUGGCCGAUUUUUGAUUCUACUCAAUCUCGCGAUUUUCGGAAGGUCGUACAAAGCAUCAUAAGUGAGCUUGAAUCACAAGGGGCGCUUCCGAGAAGUAAUUCGAGGGUUUCAUCGCUGGCUACAUGUUGCGGACCAAGAUUCGUGGAACUGUUAUGGCAGCUUUCUUUGCAUGCUUUGAGAGAAGUUCAUAGACGUACAUAUGCAGCUGAUGUAGUCUCAAAUCCACUACCCGCUUCACUAACCGAUGUAGCUUUCUCACAUGCAGCCACUCUUCUUCCCGUAACAAAGAUGGGGGAAGUCAUGCUAGGCAUGCCAGGACUUUGGGCUGAUGAUAAUUCUGAAGCAGCUGAUCAUUAUACAACCAAAAUUGGUGGAGUUCCUGAUUGGCCUUUUCUCCAUUCGAUUAUAAAACCUGAUCUUCUUAAGUGUGAUUCAUGUGGAGAGAAACUAUGUCUUGUGACUCAGAUUUAUGCUCCUAUUUCCAGUACAACAAUGACAACAGAAGAGCGUGUUAUUUACAUAUUUUCUUGCAUUGCAACAGCUUGUGAAACCAAGAGAUGGCGUGCUCUUCGUGUUCAGAGAUCUUCCACUGAUAAAGAUUUAAACCCUUCAUCCCAUGAUUCUGUUGCAUCACCAUCAACCACUAAGUUGCAAGAUGAUCCAUGGGCAUUCAAUGAUGAAGAAGAAGAUGAUGAUGAUGAAAUAGAUCUUGAUGCCAUAUGUAAGGCCCUUAAUGAAGCCACAACAUUAGCUUCAGCUUCCAAAACGAAAAAGCAGAAUACUUUAUCUGAUUCAAUUGAAAACCCCUCACCUAUAAGCCUAAGUAGAUCCAUUGAUGACAAGACACCAGUGCUACCAUGCUUUUAUAUAUAUCCUAAGGAGGAAAAUUAUUUAGAGGACGCUGCUGCUCUCAAUAAGAGUGAAUCUAAACAUAAAAUCGAAGAGAAGAAAGAUGAUGAUAAUGAUGAGAAAGAAUCAUGGAUAGGGGAAAGUUAUGAGUAUGAUAGAACCCUACAUGCUGACAAAACUUAUCUUAAAUUCAAGAAACGAUUGGAUGUGUAUCCAGAGCAUUGUUUCAGAUACUCAUAUGGUGGGAAGCCACUUUUGGCAACUUCAGAAGCAGGGGAUCCUGGAAGAUGUUUGUUGUGUGGUGAAAUAAGGCACUAUGAAAUGCAGCUUAUGCCUCCAUUGUUAUAUUUUCUACAGGAAGCAUCAAAGAAUCAGUCAUUGGAAAAUUGGGAUUGGACAAGUGUAAUUGUGUAUACUUGUUCUAAGGGAUGUGCACCUUCUUUGAAGCAGGAGUGUAAUGGGUGGAUUGUGGCUGAAGAGGUCGUGGUCAUACAAACAGAGUAGAAGUCAACAUUUAUGUUGACCAUACCGAAUCGUUUCGUUUGAUAAAUUUAUAUGAAAAAUUGUCUCCUUUUGUAUAGAUAGUUGAAAAUUUAUAUUGUUAACAUUUCUCUACCAUGUAUUGUGCUUUUAUUUUACCAUUGACCUCAUAAUACUUAAACUUAAGACUUACCACA